GUUAAUUCGUGAAGUUUUACUAUCUAUUUAAGCAAAAAUGGAAAAUUCUGCAAAAGCAGAGGAGUGUGGAAAGAUCUCUCUUGAAGAGGCAAAAGCAUCAGUAGAUUUGGAAACAGAAUCUUCAUUCAGUAUUAAUGAAAACACAACCACUCCUGGGACUGGCCUUUCUGAAAAGGCUCCUAUCUGUGGACAAGUAGACACACCAAAAAAGAGAAAAAUGGAAUUUGAAGAUGAUCUUAUAAAGGAAAGUUCUAGUUGUGGGGAAGAUACUCCAACCAAGAAAAGGAAACUUGAUGCUGAAAUUGUCCCAGAGGAAAAAGGUUCUGGUGAUGAUGAAGUCAUUUCAAGGAAAAGAAGAGUGGAAACGGAUGAUUUUCCAAAAGAUGAACCUUCUACUGGAGAUGGCACACAGAAAAAGAGAAAAAUAGAACUUGAGGAUGUUCCUGAAAAGCAAAAAAAGUUAGAAGAGGGACACAGUUCAGCCGUGGCUGCCCACUAUAAUGAACUACAGGAAGUUGGUUUGGAGAAGCGUAGCCAAAGUCGUAUUUUUUACCUAAGAAACUUUAAUAAUUGGAUGAAAAGCGUCCUCAUUGGGGAAUUUUUAGAAAAGAUACGACAGAAAAAAAAACGUGAUAUCACUGUUUUGGACCUGGGAUGUGGUAAAGGUGGAGAUUUGCUCAAGUGGAAAAAGGGAAGAAUUAACAAGCUAGUUUGUACAGAUAUCGCUGAUGUUUCUGUCAAACAGUGUCAGCAGCGGUAUGAGGACAUGAAAAAUCGUUGUCGUGAUAACGAAUUUAUUUUCAAUGCAGAAUUUGUAACUGCUGAUUGUUCAAAGGAACUUUUGAUUAACAAAUUUCGUGACCCAGAAAUGUGCUUUGACAUAUGCAGUUGUCAGUUUGUCUGUCAUUAUUCAUUUGAAUCCUAUGAGCAGGCUGACAUGAUGCUCAGAAAUGCUUGUGAGAGACUGAGCCCUGGAGGUUAUUUUAUUGGUACUACUCCCAAUAGCUUUGAACUGAUAAGACGCCUUGAAGCUUCAGAAACAGAAUCAUUUGGGAAUGAGAUAUAUACUGUGAAGUUUCAGAAGAAAGGAGAUUAUCCUUUAUUUGGCUGCAAAUAUGACUUCAACUUGGAAGGUGUUGUGGAUGUCCCUGAAUUCUUGGUCUAUUUUCCAUUGCUAAAUGAAAUGGCAAAGAAGUACAAUAUGAAACUAGUCUACAAAAAAACAUUUCUGGAGUUCUAUGAAGAAAAGAUUAAGAACAACGAAAAUAAAAUGCUGUUAAAACGAAUGCAGGCCCUAGAGCCAUAUCCAGCAAAUGAGAAUUCCAAACUUGCCUCUGAGAAGAUAGAUGACUAUGAACAUGCAGCAGAGUACAUGAAGAACAGUCAAGUAAGGUUACCUUUGGGAACCUUAAGUAAGUCGGAGUGGGAAGCCACAAGUAUUUACUUGGUUUUUGCAUUUGAGAAGCAGCGGUGAGCACAUACGCAGUAGUCCCAGGACAGCUGUGUCCCGUCCUGUGCAGAUUUGAACGCUCCAUUCUAGAUCUGACAACUUUCUGUUUGUUUGUUGUAAUUACUCUAAAUGUGCAGGAUGCUGCCGGAAACUCCAGUGUGUAAAUUCAACAUUUGCUGUCUGUGACAGAUGAACUUUUGUGUGUGUAUAUAAGAAUGAGUUGGGACCUUUGUCUUUAAAAAUCUAUUUUUAAGUAAUGUUCUAAGAAUUCCAUUUGCCUCACUACUCUCCUAGCGCAUAAAAAUUAUAGUAUGACUUGUUAGAGCUGCUGAACUCUUUCCACAGUGCUCUGAUUUGUUCAAUGUUCGUUUCCAGUAUUAAAUUCAUUGCCCUUGUAGAAUUGCUGAGGGAGCAUACUGGUUUAUGGGGGUUUGUGCUGAUUUCUGUAGUU